AUGCCGAGUCUCCUCAGCAAGGUGUCCAGCGCCGCGGCCGCCUGCGCACGCCGCGUCUCGCGCGCGACGCGCCGCCUCCCGCGCACGGCGCGCCGCCUCCUCCAACGCGCACGGCGGCCGCGCCGGGACUUCAGCCAGCUCGUGCCGACCGACGAUCACCAGGAGGAGGAGGCCAACGACGCCGACGAGGAGGGCGGCGGGGAAGAAGAAGGCGAACUGUGGCGCCGGACCGUUCUGAUGGGGGAGCGGUGCAAGCCGCUCGACUUCCCAGGCGCCAUCCACUACGACAGCUCCGGCCGGCUGCUCCCGGCGGCGCCCUCGCCCCGCAGCACCGGCAAGCAGGCGGCGGGAGCGCUGCUGUGCCGCUCGGCGUGCGACGUCGACGAGGCCGCGACGGCGCGCAGCAAGGCUAGGCUGGCUAAGGCUAAGCACGUGUAG